AUGGAUCGAUGGACCUUCGAAUGCUGCAACGACAAGCAGCUCCUGCGACUCUCGUGGGUUGGCACGUUCACGAUGCUCAUUAUAUGCACGUGGAGAACUCCGCUCGCGUACCCCUACAAGCUUUUCGCUUACUUCACACACGAAUCAUUUCGAGCAGCUACAGCAACACUCACUUGUGGACAGGUUGACGCGAUUGACAUUCACCCUGAAGAAGGGUCGGAAACGUCGUUCCAUUGCGGCAUUUCCUUCCUGGUUCACGUCGCUGGAUACUUGGGGUCCCUCUGUCUCGGCUGUUUGUUUAUUGCGUCCAGCGCCACCGACACCCCCCGACUCGUCUGCGGAGGUGCUGUUGUGCUGCAAUUGGUGGCGUUCACAGCGUUCUCCAACACGCGCUACUUGCGCACUGUCCAUGCAUUAUCGUUGGCAGCGGCGCUGGCAGCCGGCGUGGUCGCGUAUGUUGUACACGUUUCAGAGGUAACCCACGUCGCGGCAAUCACAGAAACGAUUGGACCUUGUAGGUUGUCGAGCUAUUUGUUCUCCUCGCAGGGGUUGUGCAUGCCAUGCUUUAUAUUGUGGAUGCUUCAUGCAACGGCGCGAGAAUCCAUCCCAGCGACUUUUCGCUCUGUCGAAAGACGUAUGGGCUUCCCGUGGCGCUCGUGGGGGUUGUUUUUGCGUCCGUUUUGGUUUUAAUUGCUGUGCUGCUGCAAGUGUCGGCGGUUGGCCUUCGCGGAGGACCACCCGUCUCGUCAGUUCACGACUUGACCACUCCGACAGCAGUCAGUCUCGUGGUAUUUAUGACUGUCGUUGCAGUAGCAGUCGCAUCCAGCGCCGUGAAAUGCUUUUGUACGUCCAUAUCCGUCGAGACCUAUGUCAUGGGAGGUUCUAGGUUGUUCAGCG